AUGGCACCGUUCCAAGCAGCUCAGUCUAGCAUCGCUACGGCCCUUGCUGGCAAGACGCCGUCGGUUGAAAUCCCCAAGCCUUGCAAUGUUCGCUAUUCUGGCAGGGCCGGUGUUGACCACCAGCCCGGUCAACCGGCUAUGCUGCCGACGCCGCCCAGCUCCAUCUCUCCUGCCCUCCACCCUCACGGCUUCAAACAUCGCGUUAUAAAGUCUCCAGAUUCGCUCCCAUUCGUACCCCAACACAUCGACUCGGAUAUCGACCUUCACGACGCCGUCGACCUCCACAAACCCAGGGACAAAUUGGUCCUCGAGGCGUUGAAUUCCCUAGACAGCACCGAGGGGAUCACGCCCACCAUGCUCGCGAAGCACCAUCUUCCGGAUAUUCUGCUGAACCAUGGACCUUUGGCCAUUCGCCAUAUUAUAGGCCACUUGACCACUUCGGUGCCGGGAUUCUCGUCCAUUCCUCCAGCAAAGGCCCGGCGAUUGGUCGUGGGCGCCCUGGAAGGCAAAGGUGGAAAUGGUGAAAGUGGAGGAGUACACGGCGACGUCGAGUUUGACAAGGUUGGAUGGGGACGAUGGGAUGCCAGACGACGCGGCCAGGGUCUCACCAAAAAUCGCCCUGCGGGUGCGCCGUCUUCGUGCGCCAAGUAUAUUUCCCAUUCGCGGGGGAAGUCCGAUGGAUCAGCUGGUCUGGGUAUAAAGGAAGAGCACGACCGGUAUGGGUCAUCAUUCGCCGGAAACUCUGCCGUGUUCUCGCAUUCGGAAUGGGAGCAUGGCGACCACCCCGAGCAUAGUAUGCUAGACGAAACGGGGACGACCGAGGCUACUGCUCAUCGACGCAGGCCUCAGACGAAGACUCCCUUAUGGACGGCGACUGGGGACGAAGCAGACGCCACGGACGAAGAAGAUUGGGCGCAGAUUGGAGCGGCAGCCCUCAGAGCGAGAUUCAUUCCCGGUGGCUUUGGGGGCAAUCACCACGCCCAUAAUUACCUUGCCAUGAGAUCCAAAGGCGGCCUAGGUGGAGGACCGGCGUGGUCCACGCUCACCAAAUCCGCACCCGGUCCGAUUCACAUACACAAUAACAAUUCUCCUUCACCAGACGGCAUUGAUGGCAGUUUCGAGGAGCGCGCCGCUGUCGAAGCACUUUUGCAAAUGGGGUCAAUGUAA